AUGUCGGCCUCUCUCCUCCGCAUCGCCGCCCGCGGCACCUCCAGCGCCUUCUUCCGCACCGUUGUUGCCCGGCCCCAGCCUAUCGCUGUGCGCGCUGCCGUCGCCGUCCCCAAGACCUUCAGCACAUCGAUGCGCAUGCGCUCCGAGCACGCCGAGGAGACCUUUGAGGAGUUUUCUGCUCGCUACGAGAAGGAGUUUGAUAGCGUUCAGGAUGUCUUUGAGCUCCAGCGCAACCUGAACAACGCUUUUGCCUACGAUCUCGUCCCCUCCCCUGCCGUCCUCGCCGCUGCCCUCAGGGCCGCGAGAAGAGUCAACGACUUCCCCACUGCCGUCCGCGUUUUCGAGGGCAUCAAGGCCAAGGUCGAGAACAAGGGCCAGUACGAGCAGUACCUUGCUGAGCUCAAGCCCCUUCGUGAGGAGCUCGGCAUCGAGCUCAAGGAGGACCUCUACCCCGAGGAGGCUAACUAA